CAGAUUAUUACAAAACUUUGCAACUCUGAAUUUGUCGCUGCGUUUUGUUAAGGCGAAUUCGCUUUGAUUUUUGAUUGGUUUUCUUGUUCCGUCGUUUUGACAUAAAAUUUUUGCAGAAGAAUUACCAGAAUUACAUUUGCAUGUGGUUUUAGUUUAGCGUAUAUGUAUGUAUGUGUGUGAUUUACUCGCGGAUCUUCAAAGCCGCCCCUGAAGUUAAGACAACUUUAAUAAAAAAAUUGAUACGAGUGAAGUUAAUUAUAAAUACAAUAUGAAUAUUCCCGGAACAAUAUAAAUAUAAAACCUAGAAAGUAAAAGGAAUUUGGCGUGGAACGCGAAAUUUUAUAUAGAAAUUAAUAUAUAACCGGAAGAAAAAUGUUUCCUUCUCCGUUGCAUUAUUCUACUAUGCGACCACAAGCACCAAGUGCUGGUCAGCAACAGUAUGAUCAUAACGCUGAGGAACUUAGCAAAGCGGAAUGGUACUGGGGCGAAAUCUCUCGAGAAGAAGUAAAAAAUAUUUUAUCUGGGGAGCCGGAUGGUAGUUUUCUUGUGCGUGAUGCCUUGAACAAGAAUGGCGAAUAUACUCUUACAUUAAUUAAAGAUGGAACAGAAAAAUUGAUAAAAAUAUGCCAUUUGAAUGGAAAAUAUGGUUUUACAGAUUGCAAGUUUAAUUCAGUAGUAGAGUUGAUAAACUACUAUAGGGUAAAUUCCUUAAAGCUUUAUAAUAAAAUGCUUGAUAUCACGUUGAGUAAUCCAAUUGUGAAGCCAGCAGAGGAAGACGACCAUAGUGAUCUGCGCUUUCUUGCCGAUAAAUUUCUUAGUUUGCAUCAUAUACAAAACAAACAGCAACACCUACUAGAUCAAAAAAUGAAAGUAUUCAAGAACGUAGAAGUUGAAUUAAAUGAGAAAAAACAGGAUCAGGAAGUUUUUCUAAAGGCGGAAAAAAUGUUUAAAAAUCAAAUAAAAUUGUUAGAAUCCUAUAUAUGUACAGCAGUACAGCCGCAGGUCGGCACUGCUGGUACAAUAACGAAUGUAAACGGUGGUGCUAGUGUAGGCCGUCAACAGGAUCAAGAAAAAUUACAGGCAAAUGCUGCAUUACUAAAAAUUAAGCUUCAAUCAUUAUGUGCAGAAAUGGGAAAAUUAAACCGCUAUGUAGAAGAUAAGAAGGAAGAAUAUAAAAGGCUAGAGCGACAAAUCAAUGCAGCGAAACCAGAACUACAGGAGCUAAGCCUGGAAAAGGAGAGGAUUACAGAACGCCUCAUGGAAGCUGGUAUUAAAGAGGAAGAUAUCGUCUUACUAGCAGAAAUGGGUUUCGAUGCCUGGCAGAGGAGAUACGAAAGUCGGACGAAUUUACCGCAUAAUAAUGAUUCAUUAUGGUUCCUUCGCGAUUGUUUGCGCCAAGAGGCCGAGGAGUUGUUGAAGGGUGCCCCUACUGGCACAUUCCUUAUAAGGGCUCGUUCCGCUGGACAUUAUGCUCUUUCCAUUGUUUGUAAGAACGUCGUAAACCAUUGCAUUAUCUAUGAAACGGAAAGUGGAUUCGGUUUUGCAGCCCCAUAUAAUAUAUAUGUUUCUCUAAAAAAAUUGGUGGAGCAUUAUGCAAGUAAUUCGCUCGAGGAACACAAUGAUACGCUGACUACCACGCUUCGUAUUCCUGUAAAGUAUUGGCAUGCCAAUAAAGAUUCGGUAUUGAAGCAAUUGGAGGAAGAACUGGAACUGGAACAGCUUCAAAUUGAAGAACAGGAGCAACUACAACAAAUGGGUCAUCAGCAGCUGUCAUCCGCUGUAAUUCCAAUACCUUCUAGUGAUACAUUAGAUGCACCAACACCGCCCUCUUCCUUGACUUCUCUCUCGUCAUCAUAUCCGGGCGGGAGCGGCAGUGCCCAUCACAAUCUGCCACAGCCGUAGUAACAGAGUAAAAAUGGAAUGAAUUGUAACAGUGUUGACGGUCAUUGAUCCAAGGUCAUGCUUUAAGUAUAUGUGAUUAUGAAGAUGGAGCUUAAAUUUGUAAUCAAAGGUCCACACUGAAUUUAAUUAUGAGAUCCAAUCUGGUUGAAAUGGAUAAAACCAAAAGUGUAAAAAUAUAUUGUAGCUUGUGGGUACACCAUUUGUGAUGUAAUGGAGUUACAAUUUUUUUUUAAUUUUAAAUGCAGCAACAUGACAACGAAGUUAUGACGAAAAUAUUCGCAAUGAUUAACAUUAGAAAAUAAUGUUUGUAUGCACGACGAUUAUUUCCAGAUUUAAUGGUAAAAACAAUUUCUAAACUAAAAACACAAUUCAAUCCCUGAACAAAUGCAUUCUAUAGCAGAAAACCAAUGCGUGGUCUGAUCCAUGUUUUGAACUGCGCUGUUGUAACUGUUGUCAUGAUAGAUAGCUAUGUCCUGCAGUGAUCAUCGAUUAUGCAAAUUAUUGUAAAACAUAUAAUUGUGAAAAACAAUAGGAAAGAGAUAAUGUCAAUGUUGUUUUAUAUUUAUACUAUUUAUAUUUACAUAUAUGAAAAUACUGAGAGUAAUAUCGAAAUGUUCAAUGUAAUAAUGGAAUGCAAAUGUUAUUACGCAAUACGCAUUUCUUUCGUGAUAUGUUUAGCUGUUAAAUUUAUACAAAAAAAAACGAAUAUCAACUUAUGGUAUAAAUUUGUAUUGUACUAUUUUUGAUUGACAUUUUGUUGAAACACAAUUAUUUGCGUUAUAAAUAUAUAAUUGUUUACUAUAAAAGUUGUAUAUAAAAAAUCAGCAUAUAAUCUGUAAAUUUGUACAUAAAAAUAUUGUCAAAUCAGUUGUAAACUAGAUGCAAUGUCCUGUAAAAAUAAAACACGGCGAUUAUUCAGGAAUAUUGAGAGCUGCUACGAAAAUUUGUUUGCAUUAAUUACAAUGUCGAAUGUGAAUCUUUAGAACAUUCGACUUGAAGAAAAUUUACAAAAUGUUUCUCAAAAUUCUUAGCAUUAAUGCUGUUAAUGAUAGAAAACAUUAUAAUUUUCUUCUUCUCUCUCUUGUAGUACUCUCAAUUGUAUUCCUAUCACGGAAUGUUGAAUCCUUUGUGAAUGUAAUACUAAAUUACCCCUAAACGAAAGAUAAAUAUGCGUAUAACUUCAAUAUCUCAUUUAUAAAAAACGAAGCGCUUAAUUAUCUAAUGUUACUUUAUGUAUACGUACUACAUCUAUUUCAAAUGACAGUGUAAUUCCUUACGAACUCAAUUCAGUACCUAUAACAAUCGCUAUUGAUAUCUUCCAAUUUUUUACUCCAGUUUUGUUCGGAGCGAGCGAGCCUCAGUCAUGCGUUAGGUCAUUAAUGGUUUAAUUUGUUCUCUUCUAUUUAGUAUUGCUACAAGAAUUAAUCCAUAUGCCAUAUUUUUGUAAAAUGUCUGUUAGUAAUACUAGAAACUCCUUAUAUUAGAUGGAGGGAGAAAGUUUAGACCACAAAGAGUUCACAAGGGAAUAUAAAAUCGAAAUACAAAUAUAGUUAUAAGAUAUGUUUAAAAAAUAUAUGAAUGUCUCUUUUGUUAAGGCAGACUUUUUAUAAAAUCUGCCAAACUUUUAUGUUGGAUGUCUAAAAUUUCGCAGUAAAUGUAACUAAACUUUUGUAAAUGUAAGUGUUUUUUAUUGGAUCUAUGCUAUCGUAUUAUACUUUUUUCAUAUGUAUUUUUAUUGUUCCUUUGAUUUGUGUAUUUAUUUGCUCUGUUACAUUAAUUGUAUGAUCUAUAUCUCUUUUAAAGGGUUGUGUAACAGGAAAAAGGAGGUGUGACAAAGAGAUAUAAGCGGGAUAGAAUGGAUAUGUGAGCUGAAUUACGAACACACAAACUUAGGGAUACAUGCAUGUUUUACAUUUUGUAUUAAAACCUGACAAGGAAUUUUGACAUUGUACAUACAUAUAUAUAUAUAUAUAUAUAUAUAUAUAUAAUAUAUAUAAGAUAAUAAGAAUAAAUAAAAACAAAUAAUCUAUAUAUUUAUAUAAAUAAAAAAAAUCAAAUUGAUAAUUGUUUUUCCGGAGCUAAAGUAAGUAAAUAAACUAGAUUCUAUUCGGGCUACUAUGGUUCUGGUUCUUUAUACAAUGAGUAUGAGACCAUCUCAGUCAUUCGUUUCAUCAGAUGUAAAUUGAAGAAACACAGCAUAUAAUAGUGCGCUGCAUUGAGUAUAUUGUUUUUGUAGAUCUAACGACUGACUGGAUCGAAGUUCAUGGAUUCGUUCGUUGGAUAUCUUGAUGAAACUUCGCACGCAAUUAGAACUUGUAAGAGAUAAGGCUGAAUGACCGGAAUCGGAAGUACAGUUGGACCUCGAUUAUGCGGGUUGGUGGAUUUUGUAUAAUAAUAAUAUUGAAUUUUAUUUAUUGAGUUUAUGUAGUUUUUAUUUCAACUUAAAUGACGUUUAUAUGUACAUACAUAUAAUAUUUAUAAUUUCUAUAAUGCCGGAAAAUAUUCUGGAUAAUAAAGGUAGGUGUCUUUUCGGGUAUCAGAUGAAACUGACGAUUCACGGAUAAUCAAGGUCCAACAGUACUAUCCUUAGAUAACACUCAUAGUUUUUUAAUAAAAAAAGAUCUAAAAAUAAUUUUAAGUUUUUAUUUUUAUUUUUUAUUUUUUAUUUUUUCAAUAAACAUGAGUAUAUAUGCGAGUGCACAUAGGUAUGUUUACAUUUGCUUAUAUUUAACGUACAUAAUACAGCCAGCUAAUUAUAACUACAUAUGUACAUAUCUUAAUGAUCCGAAUAAAGUCACAUAAAUGUUGGAUAAACAAUAAAAUCCUUAACAUUUUAUGGCGGUCAAUAUGACCGAAGAUUGAUAAUAUUUAAUGAUUUUUUGUUUCUUAUCAGGCAUUUUCACUAAAGUAUACAAUUUACAAAUUUUAUAAAAUUAAUAUAAAAAGAAACUAAAAUCGUAAUAAAUCACAUGACUUAUAAAAUACGUACAAUAUAAAUAAAAAUGCGGAUGUAAAUGAUUUGGAAGAGGUGAAUU